UUUCAUGAGAACUGUCUUAAAUCUUUAACCUCUUACAUCGGGGUUCAAUUUUGAUUGUCUUGAAUUAUUGAUAAAAUUUUUGAAUAAAAAUAUUAACGACAAUGUCUAAAUUAGUUCCCAAAAUGAUGGGCUUAGCCAAAGGUUUUGUUGUUUAUUCCAAACCACACGUUACUACAGCAUUACGUUAUGCAAAAGUCGAAUUGACACCACCUACGCUAGGAGAUAUAGGAGCAGCCCGACAUGGACUUGGCAAGCUCAUUCAUUCUGCCAAAUCUGGAGCUUAUAAACAAUUAACUGUUAGAGAAGCUUGGAUUAAUACACUUGUUGGUAUUGAAAUUUGGUGUUGGUUCUUCAUUGGUGAGUGCAUUGGAAAACGGCAUCUUGUUGGUUACAAAGUUUAAAUAAUUGGAUAUUAAGAAUAUUUAGAAUUUAAAUAGACAUUAUACAUAAUUCAUCAGAUAAUUCUUCAAUAAUGUAAAAAUAUUCUAAGGAAUAAAAAAUGAUAAAGUAA